GCACAGCUGUUUUUCCGUCUUCCUGUUUUGCCUCCUGCCCCUGGCAUGAAAUAAGUGAGUCCUGUUUGUGAGGGUGGGAGGCAGCCAGGUGGGGCAGCGGGAUCCUAGUGUGGGUCCUAGGUAAGGAGACUCUGCCACUGAAUUGUGCUGGGGCGUGUGGGGCGGGUGGCAUGGCCUCUCUGGGCCUGAGUGCCCUGUCUGCAGAGGGAGGCCCCUCUGGGUAGUUUUCUACACUAGCCCUCUUGUAGACACUCUGAGAUCUUAGGGGUCCCCCAUCCCUCCCCGUGAGUUGGGGAGGAGACCUCUCUCCUGCAGGGCACAUUGCAAACUGGCAAGAUCUGGCCUCUGGGAAGACCAGGCCACACUGGGGAGGACUGCCCUCCACUUGUUGGUGCUAGAAGCCUGGAGUGGAGAUGCGGCGGGGGGACCCUGGCAUUUCUGAGUCCUAAAGGGCCUGUGGAGCCCCUUUGGGGUCUUCCGUUCGUCUCGUCCUGUCCCCUGGCGAUUGGAACUUGCUGGCGGUUGCCAUGGUAGCACCCCCAGGAUGAUCAGCUCCUGUGUCCCCCCUUUCUGUCACCCCCUUUGUCCUUGAUUUUCUUUUCAGGGUCUUGGCCAUUGUGACUGGCCUGCCCUUGAGAGGCUCCUGUUGGAGGGUCCCCAAAUGAGUGCCCCCCGCCCCCAAGGUGCUGGCUUGGCUGUUUCUUUCCAGGCCUGGUCUCCAGUUCCACCUUCUGCCUGGCCAUGCAGGCACCUGUUCUAAGCUUGCCUCAGCUAUUCCCUACCAAGAGUGAAUCAUGGAGCUACGUGUGGGGAACAAGUACCGGCUGGGACGGAAGAUCGGGAGCGGGUCCUUUGGAGAUAUCUACCUGGGUGCCAACAUCGCCUCUGGUGAAGAAGUCGCCAUCAAGCUCGAGUGUGUGAAAACGAAGCACCCACAGCUGCACAUCGAGAGCAAGUUCUACAAGAUGAUGCAGGGGGGAGUGGGAAUCCCGUCCAUCAAGUGGUGCGGGGCCGAGGGCGACUACAACGUGAUGGUCAUGGAGCUGCUGGGGCCCAGCCUCGAAGACCUCUUCAACUUCUGCUCCCGCAAGUUCAGCCUCAAGACGGUGCUGCUCCUGGCCGACCAGAUGAUCAGCCGCAUUGAGUACAUCCACUCCAAGAACUUCAUACACCGAGACGUCAAGCCCGACAACUUCCUCAUGGGGCUGGGGAAGAAGGGCAACCUGGUGUACAUCAUUGACUUCGGCCUGGCCAAGAAGUACCGGGACGCCCGCACCCACCAGCACAUCCCCUACCGGGAAAACAAGAACUUGACUGGCACUGCCCGCUACGCCUCCAUCAACACCCACCUGGGCAUCGAGCAAAGCCGUCGCGAUGACCUGGAGAGCCUGGGCUACGUGCUCAUGUAUUUCAACCUGGGCUCCCUGCCCUGGCAGGGCCUCAAAGCAGCCACCAAGCGCCAGAAGUACGAGCGGAUCAGCGAGAAGAAGAUGUCGACGCCCAUCGAGGUCCUCUGCAAAGGCUACCCCUCUGAGUUCUCAACAUACCUCAACUUCUGCCGCUCCCUGCGGUUUGACGACAAGCCCGACUACUCCUACCUGCGCCAGCUCUUCCGCAACCUCUUCCACCGGCAGGGCUUCUCCUACGACUACGUCUUCGAUUGGAACAUGCUCAAAUUCAUGCGGCCCCCCUCAUGCCAGCCCCCCGCCCUUCCCUGUGGACGACCCCAGGACCAACUAGGGUGCAGCCCGGAACCCCGAGGAUGUGGACCGGGAGCGGCGAGAACACGAGCGCGAGGAGAGGAUGGGCCAGCUCCGGGGGUCUGCGCCCCGGGCCCUGCCCCCUGGCCCACCCACGGGGGCUGCCGCCAACCGGCUCCGCAGUGCUGCCGAGCCUGUGGCUUCCACCCCAGCCUCCCGCAUCCAGCAAGCUGGCAAUACUUCUCCCAGAGCGAUCUCACGGGUCGACAGAGAGAGGAAGGUGAGCAUGAGACUACACAGGGGCGCGCCCGCCAACGUCUCGUCCUCCGACCUCACUGGGCGGCAAGAGGUCUCCCGGAUUUCAGCCUCACAGACGAGCGUGCCAUUUGACCAUCUCGGGAAGUGAGGAGGACCCGCCAUUGGACCAGUAUUUGCUUAGUGUCUUCACUGUAUUUUCUUUUAAAAAACAACAACAACAAAGAUGGGAAAAAAAACCACUCAAGAACAAAAAGAAAAAACCCAGCACAAAACCGACGAUGGAUUUUGUUUCUUUGAUUUUUCUUUUCUUUUCUUUUUGUUUUUUUUUUUUUUUUUGCCAACGGUAAAAAAAUGGGAUGCCCUCAGCACAGAGGAUUCUUGUCACUUUGCAUUUCCCACUGCCCACAACCUUUAGGCUGCCAAAUGCUCCCAGACACUGUGCUACACGUGCCGGACGCCGAGGCCUCACCCCCGCCGACCUGACGCUGGCUGGGAGGGAUGCGGCCUUCCUCCCCUGCCAUCAGGAGGUGGCCUGAGCGCUGCGGGGAUGAUGUGGUUGGUCAGAGGAAUGGUUUGGCUGGUUGCAGCCAAGUCCCACUGGGUGCUGUCUUGAGCCUCAGGACCACAGGAGACAGGCACAGCCCCCACCCCUUCAAGGUGACGGUGGCCGGCUUUCUGUGUUGGGCUUUUUCCAGUGUCCCCCUGAGUGUCUGGGUCCCUCCUUUGCCUCUCCAUGGAGACUUGAGGAGUGGGUGGCAAGGCAGUAGGGCCGAGAUUCCCUGUGUGCGUGUGUAUACGUAUCCGACCUGUACCUCCCAGGACAGCAGGUGCCCCACCCCACCUGCCAGGCUGAAUUUCUGUUCUCAUCCCCUAACAAGGACACGGAGGUGGGCAGUGACCUCCACAUCCCUCAAGAAGGGCGCAGAGGGUCCUCGCCACCACUGACCCCUGAGACUGUCAUCAGCCUGUGGCAGCCCCGUUCCCCUUUCCUGGUCUUAGGGCAGAAUCCGUGGAGACUACUUCCAGAAAGCAUGUGGCUCCUGGGUUAUAACUUAAUCUCCUGGUCCUGGGGUCACUUGGGGUCCCCUCCGUGCGUUCUUCCCCCCUGAGGAGCCUGGUUUAGGGCUGGGCACAGGACUUAUCCAUCCCGCCCAGUUAACACCUGUUUUUACUUUAUUUUUGUUUGUUUUCUCCAUGUGUGUAUUUCCUAAUUUAUUUACCUCUGUUUCCCCUUUUUUCUUUUUCUUUUUUUUAAUUAAAGAGCAAAGCUUUUUAUUACUUUGUAAUUUAAAAAACUGAAAAAAAAAUACUGAAGAACUUUGGGGGGAAUUUUGUACUUUUUUCCUGUGUAAAUAUUGGACUUUUUUGAGCUUUAUUGUGGUUGUUAAUUUGAAGUAAUAAAGUAGAAAAGGAUAAAGUGA